CGCCCUACGCAUGCACUUGCACUUGAACACAUGCGCGUGGCUGUAGUGUGUAGCUAUAGGCGUUUUGGUCGCCGGUGACAGAGAUCGAUGAACAGGUUCAGGAACGUGGUGCUGCGCAAGUGCAAGAGCCUGUCACGGGUAGCAGGGCGGCCGAGCGCGUCGUCGUACUCGUACAGCAGCCUCCGGUCCAUGUCCACCCGGGACGCCGCCGCGGAGGUCGUCGACGACGACGACACGUCUGUGCGCGGCGGCGGCGGCGGCGGCUUGGUGGCAGUGUUCGUGGGCAGCUCGCGGCGGCGGUACGUGAUCAGCGCGGAGCACCUCAGCCACCCGCUGAUCGCCGCGCUCAUCGACGACGACGACGGGCGGCGGCACAAGGAUCAGCCCAUCGCCGUCAACUGCGAGGUCGUGCUGUUCGACCACCUGCUGUGGAUGCUGGACAACGCCGUCGACCUCCACGACGACGGCGACGACGACGCCAUGAGGGAGCUGGCCCAGCUCUACGCGUGCUGAUCUGAUCAUCAGCUGUCCGCCGCACGGCGGGUCGUCGUCAGAACUCAGAACACAUACACACACACACACACGAUUAACGGCACAUGUUGUCAGGUUGGUUUCUUUAAUUGAGCAGCUUCAUCAAUUCGUUCUCGAUUGAUUUGGAUCAAUUUCUUUUUGCUUCCCUGUUUUUGCGCCCGGAUAUCUAAAAAGAUUUCUUUGGCGCCAUGCAAAGCAUGCAUGGCUUGUAACUUCGAGUAUAUAGUAUAUACGAUGACAGAUUGAUGUAUGAUGCAGUUUUCCUAAGGUUUCCUUGUAUCAGUCAGACAGUCACAAGCUUCUGCUGUUUGCGUUAGAGACAGGCAUCGUCAUGUUAAUUAAGCAUGUUUGCAUGAUGAUAGAGUACAUGAUGUAAAUUUUGUAUUUGUUCUUGUGAUUAAAGGUCUAGUUUGUUUUAACGUUACUGAAAAUGCACAUUGUUGUAUUAUUGCUUAUUUUUUUUACUGAAAUGUAAGCUGAAGCUGUGAUCAAGGUGCAAAAAUAGUU